AUACAUUUGUGCUUGAUUUCUCAGCUGCAAAAUAUAUUCUGUAUUUUCCUUUUCGCUUUCUUUGUUUCCUUUUUCUGCUCUUUACGAUGAAUGAGAAAUCCGAGUAUCUGAGUUGACCCGGCGAGUUCAACCAACGAGUUCCGAGUCCCGACUCAAGUGAGCACUAGAGUUCACUGAAACCAAGUGAAAACCAUGUGAACUUCACACAGAUUUGUGACGCAUAGAACUCAGAAAAGAACUUUCAGAUUCAGAACCCAAAAGCGUGAAAAUGGAGAACAGAAACCAAACGACUCAUAAAAACGCGUCUUUCAAUCUGGCCAAACCAGUCCGAUGCAUCAUCAAGCUCGGUGGAGCAGCAAUUACUUGCAAGAAUGAGCUAGAGACGAUACAUGAAGAAAAUCUCAAGGGGGUCUCAUCACAUCUGAGGCAAUCGAUGCUUUCGCAGUCGCCUUCUGCGAAGAUUCUUGGGAUGGAUUGGAGCAAACAAGCUGGUGAAUCAAAUAUUUCAUGUUGCAUUGACGAUUUUAGAGAUCAACCAAGUAUGGCCUCCAGCCCAUUUAUUGUUGUUCACGGUGCAGGUUCUUUUGGGCACUUCCAAGCUAGUGAAUCUGGGGUUCAUAAAGGAGGACUGGACCGACCUCUUGUCAAGGCUGGUUUUGUUGCUACACGCAUUUCUGUUACAAAGCUCAAUCUUGAAAUUGUUAGAGCACUUGCCAGAGAGGGUAUUCCUUCAAUUGGAUUGUCUCCAUUUUCAUGUGGAUGGUCAACCAGUGAAAGAAAUAUAGCUUCAGCUGAUCUGUCUGCAGUGACUAAGGCUAUUGACUCUGGUUUUGUACCUGUUAUGCAUGGAGAUGCUGUACUUGAUUACUCACUGGGAUGCACCAUUUUGAGUGGAGAUGUUAUCAUACGUCACCUUGCGGCGCAAUUCAAGCCUGAAUAUGUCGUUUUUCUGACAGACGUUUUGGGAGUAUACGACCGGCCACCCUCAGAAAGUGACGCAAUUCUCUUGCGAGAAAUUGCUGUGCAUGAAGAUGGGAGCUGGUCAGUUGUGAAGCCGACACUUGAGAACUUGGAAGUUGAUAUAACUGUGGCAGCUCAUGAUACGACUGGUGGCAUGAAGACCAAGAUUUCGGAAGCCGCAUUGAUAGCAAGACUUGGAAUUGAUGUCUACAUCGUCAAGGCAGGAACAAGCCAUUCCUUGAGGGCCCUGAGUGGCGAAUUGAUAAGCAACAUUCCUGAUGAUUGGCUUGGGACAGUAAUCCGAUUUGUGAAAUGAAAAAUUUAUCGGCCAUGGGAUGUUUGCCCACUUGGACCAUCAACUUGUUCGAGUUAUGUUUGGCAUUUGGCGGCAAUGAUUUUUGAAAAUUUAUGAAAGAAAAGUGCUGAUACAAGACUUGGCUGUCUCAAUAAAAGAAUUGGUUUGUAUGCAUUCGCCUGAUAUCAACCACCACCACCACACCGUUCACCAAACAUUUUUAGAAUCGGGACCUUAAUCUGAUUUGGUAAACUUUUGGAAUUUUGACAUUUUUCCCGAAAGCAGGCAGCAAGAGUCCAAAGGCUAUUGAUGAACAGAGCACAACUUUUUUGUAAUACGAUAUGGUCCCAAUUUAUUUAUUUAUUUAUUGUCCUCUUUUGUGGCUCGUGAGGAAAAGAACAAAUCCCAAGUGCAACCAAAUCAACUGAAAAAUGCAUUCU